CGCUUACUGGAGCUGGGACCGCGGUGGGUGAAGAUGGCGCGCAGGGAGAAGGUGGAGGGAGAAUCCCCGCUUUAUGUCGGGGAGGUGAAACACGAGCUGCGCGACGGAUUCGGCCUGUACAUUUACCCAAACAGCUUCUUCCGUUACCAAGGAGAAUGGAAGGCGGGCAAGAAACACGGCCAUGGGAAGCUGAUGAUGAGGGAUGGGAGUUACUACGAGGGGCAGUUUGUGAAUGGAGAAAUAAAUGGCAAUGGGGUUCGCUAUUGGGCUGCAACAGGUAACACUUACUAUGGGGAGUUCAAAGAGGGGGAAGUCCUAGGUUUUGGUGUGAUGAAGUAUGCUGACGGAAGCCAGUAUGACGGCGAGUUUCAUUACGGUGUCAGAAUAGGACAUGCGUUGCUGAUGGACUCCCACAGACAGACAUAUCGGGGAUCCUUCCACAACGAUAAGAAACAUGGAGAAGGGGAGAUGAGCUAUGAGAACGGAGACCAUUAUCAGGGAGACUGGGUUCUGGACCAGAGACAAGGACACGGUGUGCUCCACUGUGCAGAUGGAUCUGUUUAUGAGGGCCAGUGGAGAAACGAUCUGUUUAAUGGCCAGGGCUGCAUGACUCACUGCAGUGGCAUCGUUUACGAUGGAAUGUGGAUCAAUGGGAGGCCCGCAGCCAUGGCGACUAAGAUCCUAAUCCGAGGUGGCGAGGUGCAGUACUUAGUACAGGGCUCUCCUUUCACCGUUCAAGUUGAACUGCAAAACGAUGACGGACAACUUGUAACCACUGAAAACGGAUCGAUUCUGCAGCUCUGGAUUGGAGUCCGGAACAUAGAGGUCCCUUCGAACCUCAGUUCCAGCUUCUUAAAGCUCCUGGAGGAUCUGGAGGAGAAGCUGAUUGAUACGCCAUUCGGGCUUGCUGUGGAAUAUCCCCUGAUGCAUUGUGUGCUGAACAUGAGCUUCACCCCGCCAAUGUGCAGAUCUCCGCCCCUCACCUUCUGUUCGUCUCCAUCCAACUUUACCGAAUUGUCAGAAUUGGCGUGCGAUGCCAAGUCUGAUAGCUCUUCCCUGCCCAGCAGUGUCCAGAGUCAUCAAGGUGGUAGUCCUGACACUUUAUCCGAGGUUUUCCAGACACUGCAGAGCAAGGUCAAGGUGGAGGCAGGCUGUGCUGCUUUUCAGGAUAUCGCGUUGGCCCGUCCGCCUCCCAACUACAGGCCCUUCAUGAUCUCCGACGAGCAGGAGAAGAUGCAGAAAGUGUCCAAGAAGCCGAUUAGUCGAACGAUAAUCGAGAAAGCAGCAGCCUUGCAAGACAAGACUGGUGAAAACAGGAUGAAUCUAAGGAAGAAACUGGGAGACAAAAUGAAGAAGACGGUGAACAAUGUGGCCCCUCAGAUCGUGAGGCCGGGUGAAUACAUCAUCAUGGUGAAGGACAUCAGCAGCCCGCCAUUCCUAGGCCGCAAACUGCAACCAGGUUUCUGCAUCCUGAUGGUCAUGCCACGCUUCCAAGAGGACAACCCGGAGUCCCACAAGACAACGAUGAAAUUCAGCAGUAAACACCGCGGUAACUGAGUGGGGUGGGGGGGAUGGCGAGAACAGGGGUGGGGGUCAGCAAGCCGGGACGGUCUAGAAAGAAACACUCAACGAUUACGCCCCCCUCCACCCACCGCCCGCACCCCAGAGAUGAGUCCUCUGGUGUAAAAGAACGUCAAAAUAAAUUAAUUAAUAUAAAGAGU